AUGGUUUCCAUUACCGAACAAACUGCUAUAUUAGCCAAAUACUUGGACCUCAACCAAAACGGAAAGGUCUUAGCUGAAUACGUCUGGAUUGACGCUGAGGGUAACACCAGAUCAAAGUGUAAGACUUUGAACAAGAAGCCCUCCACUGUCGACGACUUGCCAGAAUGGAACUUUGACGGUUCUUCCACUGGCCAAGCUCCUGGCCACGAUUCUGAUGUCUACUUGAGACCAGUCGCCUUCUACAACGACCCUUUCAGAAAGGGUGACAACAUCAUCGUUUUGACCGAAUGUUGGAACAACGACGGUACCCCAAACAAGUUCAACCACAGACACGAGUGUGCCAAGUUGAUGAAGGCACACGCCGACGAAGAGGUGUGGUUCGGAUUGGAACAAGAAUACACCUUGUUUGACCAAUACGACCAGCCCUACGCCUGGCCAAAGGGUGGUUUCCCAGCCCCACAAGGCCCAUACUACUGUGGUGUCGGAACUGGUAAGGUCUACGCCAGAGACGUGAUCGAAGCCCACUACAGAGCCUGUCUCCACGCUGGUGUGGAAAUCUCCGGUAUCAACGCUGAAGUGAUGCCUUCCCAAUGGGAGUUCCAAGUCGGUCCUUGCGAGGGUAUCAACAUGGGUGACGAGUUGUGGAUCGCCCGUUACUUGUUACAAAGAGUCGCUGAAGAAUUCGGUGUCAAGAUCUCCUUCCACCCUAAGCCAUUGAAGGGCGACUGGAACGGUGCUGGCUGCCACACCAACGUGUCCACCAAGUCUAUGAGAGCCCCAGGUGGUAUGAAGGACAUCGAGUCUGCUCUUUCCAAGUUGGCCAAGAGACACAAGGAGCACUUGUUAUUGUACGGUGCCGACAACGACAUGAGAUUGACUGGACGUCACGAAACCGCCAGCAUGGAGGCUUUCUCCUCCGGUGUUGCUAACAGAGGUGCCUCUGUCAGAAUCCCAAGAUCCGUGGCCAAGGAAGGAUUCGGCUACUUCGAAGACAGAAGACCUGCCUCCAACAUCGACCCAUACUUGGUCACCGGUAUCAUGGUUGAGACCAUCUGUGGCUCCAUCCCAGACGCUGACAUGUUCAAGGAAUACGCCAGAGAAACCUCUGACUAG